GCAGAGAGCGGAAACGAUAAAGCGAUGAGCACUGGGUUUGGUGGUGGAUAUCCUGGAGCGGGUGGUGGACCGGCAGGAAUGAUGGCUGUUGGGAGUCCAACUAUGACACCAUUCAUUGAUCCAAAUGAAUUUGCACCUGAAUUGCAUCACUCGAAUGAAAUUGUCCGCAUUAAUGUCAGCGGUAAACGUUAUAUGACACUUUAUGACACACUCGUAAAUGGCAAGUCAAGAUUCUUCGAGCAUAUGCUGUCGAUUGAUCAAUCAAGUGGCAAAAUUGUCGUUUUUCGACGAAAUAUUAUCGAAGAUGAGGAUGGUCAAAUAUUCAUCAAUCGAGACGGUAAACUAUUCGCAUACAUUCUACAAUAUAUGCGUGAUGGCAAUCGUACCGUACUCCCCGAGUCAACAUUCCUCAUUCGACAACUUAUUGUACGCAGUUCACUGCACCGAUUUCGUUUUGUUGUUCGCGAUCGCAUUUUUCAAUUCAGUGCGAGUUCAGUUACGAUAAGCUACAAAAGGGAGGCGGAAUUCUUCGCGAUGGAUCGUUACAAGGUGUUAUUAUUACAAAAACUGGCUGAACAAGAAAAGAGUCGAGAUGCACAGGACGAUGUGGCCGAUGCAGACGUAUCGAAUAAGUCCCAGUCGAAACAACUACCGCAAAAGAAACUAAGCGAAUCGAAUAAUCCAAAGCGAAAGUGA